CCUCAAGGCGCGGGAGUGGGAGAUCAAACAGCUCGAAGCGAAGCAAGACAAAACCAUCGUCGAGCAUGUCCAUGUACUUGAGGAGGCCAAGCGCGUUACUGAUCGUCAACUCGCGGACGCACAGCUUGAGCUGCAGAAGCAGGCUGCCUAUAUUCGCUCUCUCGAGAAGUCGAAGACACGUCUCACUACCGAAGCCGAGGACCUUGUUCGUGAACGUGAGAGGGAACAGGCAGAAUUCCGAACUCGGGCGAAGGUUAUGCGGACACAGGAAGAGAAGGUGGCUCGUGCAUUGGCCGAAGCUGAAGCUGAGAAGCGUUCUCGUGAAGCCACCGAGCUGCAAGCGCGACGCCUCCAGAAUGAGCUGCAGAUUGCUCAUACACAGAUCGAGGACGUCUCUCAUCAACUUACCACGUCCCAGAAGGCGAAGGACAACCUCGAGGCCGAGCUCGCUCGCCUGGCCGACGGAUCGGAAACCCCCAACUCCCUCGCCAAGCUGCAACGUCAGUACGAGUCUCGGAUCAGUCAGCUCGAGCAACAACUAGAGGACGCUGAGAUGUCGAGCACUGUCGCUGUGAGGAUUAAGGAGCACGUCGACCGCCAGCACCAGGAAAUCCGCCGCCUCAUCAUGAGUGGGCCCAAGGACGAGGCUUUCAAGUCCAGACUCUUGCGUGAGCUGCAGCUUGCAGACGAGGAACUCGAACGCGAAAUGCUCUCCAGAUCGCAGAUCGUACGCCCUUCCAACACUGGCUCUACGCAAGUCAUGGCAAACGUCGCGCCUAAGAAGAACGGCGUCGUCCGCUUCAAGGAGCCCCAGUCUGACUCGCCCCGUACCCAAGACAAGCAAGCGCAGGUCAAUGCGCUCAAGCAGGAGGUACAGCUACUCGAGCUCCAGAUGGUAGCUUCAACUCGCGUCAGGCAACACCUUGAAGCUCUCCUAGGUGACAUGACCGCCGAACUCGAGAACAGCGACGGCUCGAAGCAAUCGCUCGAGCAGUACCGUGCCAGGCUCGCUCGCGAGAAGAGUCGGCUCCAGGAACUAUUGGAGGAUGAGGCGGAGGCACGCCGUGCAGCAGAAGCAGCGCAGCUCCAGGACGUGCAGGCGGUAUGGAAGAAGUUCCAGAAUACUCUUGUCGGAGAACGCGAGAGCUAUGCUCGCUUGGAAGAGUCUCGCAAAGCCCUGGUAGGUUUUGCACUCAUUGUAACUACGCACAUACGCGCAGCUCAUCACUUUUCAGUUCGCCCAACAGCGUGCGGCCAACGUUGAACUCGAAGACCAGCGCCGGCAGGUGCAAGAACUUACGCAAGCGAAGAAGCAGGCUCAGGCUGAGCUUGCAGAUCUCAAAGACCGCCUGGAAGUAGAGAUGAUGGCGAAGAAUGAGGAGACGAACAUCAGGCGACAGCUCCAGGCCCGUCUGCAGGAGCUUGAAAUCACCUCAUCAACGUCUUCAACCAUCCACUCCGAGCUCAAGGAGGCCGUCGAGACCUACAAGGCCAAGACUGACUCAUAUUUGCGGCGCCUUGAGGAAGCCGAGAUCGCCAAGGCCAAGGCUGUCCGCGCGGAAGCUUUCGGUGGGUCGUUGG